AUGUCACUACCCUACAACUCCUAUGUUCAAUUCCCACCUACCUAUAAUACACAACCCACACACAUUCCUCCACCCCUUUACCAACAGAUUCCCUUUGCACAAAACAAUGCUUCCUACCACACACACCAGAAUUAUGCCAAUGUGGCUUUACCUAACAUUUCCUUCACUAAAUAUGAUAAAGUCGACUUCCCUAAGUUCAAUGGGGAAGAUCUGAGAACAUGGUUGUACAAGGUGGAACAGUUUUUCUCUGAAGAAGAGGUCACCAUUCAACAGAAGAUGAAGUUGGUGUCAAUGCAUUUUGAAGGGGAUGCCCUACAAUGGCAUUUGGGGUACAUGAAGAGUAGAGGACAUAUGCCUCUUCCAACAUGGGAAGAGUACUUAUGGGCAUUGUGUGAUAGUUUUGGAGCAGAAUAUUCAGACCCUAUGACUGAGUUGAUGAAUAUUAAACAUACAGGUAGUGUGAAAGACUACCAAAGAGCUUUUGUUAGUGUCAUGACCAGGCUCAAUCUGUCAGUAGAGCAUGCUAUAAUCAUCUUCCUAAAAAACUUCAAACCUGAGAUUAGCAAUGGUGUCAGAGUGGGAAAUCCUUCUACUCUCCCACAAACAUAUUAUUUAGCUAGGCUGCAGGAGACCAACUUUGUAGCCCAAAGUCAAGCUAUCAAGAGUAGUGUGGCUGAAGUGAUUGAAGAGCAUGCUGGUACAGAAGAGCAGAAGAUAUGUGAAGAACUGGAGGAAGAGGAAGCAGGAAUGGUGACAACCAUCAGAAACUGUGCCAUUUCCUUGCAAGCUUUAAAUAGAUCUAUGGGAUACAGAACUCUUAGACUGAGGGGCUAUACUGACAAAAGACCCCUAGAAGUCUUCACUGAGUGUGGAUCAACACAUAAUUUCAUAGAUGAAGAGACUGCCAGAAAGUUGGGGUGUGUAAUCCAAAACAUCAAACCACAACUAGUGCAAGUGGCUGAUGGAAGGGAAAUUCCCACUGAUAAGAUGUGCAAGGGGUUCAAAUGGUUGAUGCAGGGGAUAAUGUUUGAAGAUGACUUCUUAGUAUUCCCCAUAGAGAAGAGUGACCUGGUUCUAGGAAUCCAAUGGUUAUACCCAUUGGAAGACAUCAAAUUCAACUUUAGAAAGUUGUUGAUAGAAUCUGAGUAUAAGGGUAAAUUGCUAACACUUAAGGGUAUACAACCUACCUUUAAGGCUGUGGAUGCUAAGUCUUUUGAGAAGAUGUCUGUGGAGGGAUCACAAUUCUUUAUGGUAAGGGUAAAAAGUGAAGGGGAGACAAUAGAAUUGAUCACUAGUUCUGAGACAGAACCAGAUGAAGUCAUACAAUUACUGGGAGAAUAUAGUGAUGUUUUUGGUGAGCCACAACAACUGCCACUUUCCAGGGGAGUCUUUGAUCACCAUAUUCCCCUGUUGGAAGGCAGUACUCCAGUAAACUCCAGGCCCUAUAGGUACUCCCCAAUUAAAAAAGAUGUAAUCGAGAAGAUGGUGCAGGAUUUAGUGAGUCAAGGUAUCAUCCAAUACAGCUCUAGUCCUUAUGCCUCUCCAGUUGUACUGGCUGGCAAAAAAGAUGGGUCGUGGAGAUUAUGUGUUGACUAUAGAGCCUUGAAUAAGUUGACGGUGAAGGAGAAGUUCCCAAUUCCAAUUAUUGAGGAACUGUUGGAUGAAUUAGGAGGUUCACAAGUCUAUUCUAAGCUGGACCUGAGAGCUGGAUACCAUCAGAUAAGGAUGGCCCCUACAGAUGUUCCAAAGACUGCUUUUAAAACCCACCCUAGCCACUAUGAAUACCUGGUAAAAUUUGGCCUAACCAAUGCACCUUCAAGUUUUCAGGGGUUAAUGAACCACAUUUUUCAGAAACAUCUUAGGAAGUUCAUCUUGGUCUUCUUUGAUGACAUACUAAUCUACAGCAAAAGCUUGGAGGAACAUCUGAACCACUUGAGGAUUGCUUUUGAUUUACUGGUACAACAUCAGCUGUUGGUGAAGAGGAGUAAGUGUGUUUUUGCUGCUGAUAGAAUGGAGUAUUUGGGGCAUUACAUCUCAGCAAAAGGGGUAGAGACAGACCCUAAGAAGAUAGAAGCAGUACAAUCAUGGCCAACACCUUCUUCUGUCAAACUACUAAGGGGUUCUCUAGGGUUGACUGGAUACUAUAGAAGGUUCAUUAAGGGGUAUGGAGUCAUUAGCCAACCUUUGACUAAUCUACUCAAGAAAGAUGGCUUUAAUUGGUCUGAAAAAGCCAAUGAAGCCUUUAGAAAACUCAAAUUGGCACUCACCACAACCCCAAUAUUGACUCUACCUGAUUUUUUCUUGCCCUUUGUAGUAGAGACAGAUGCCUGCAAUGUGGGAAUAGGAGCAAUUUUGAUGCAAAAGGGGAAACCAAUUGCUUUCCUUAGUAAAGGCCUAUCAACACAGCACCAAGCACUUUCUGUAUAUGACAAGGAACUGCUAGCCCUUGUAAAGGUUGUGACUAAAUGGUCUCAGUACUUGGCUGGGAGAACCUUCAUUGUGAAAACAGACCAGAAGGCCUUGAAGUUCCUACUUGAACAGAAGUUGCAUACAAGAACUCAAUUGAAAUGGAUUACAAUCAGUAUGAUUUUACAAUCGAGUACAAGAAAGGGAAGGAGAAUAAGGUUGCUGAUGCCUUGUCCAGGCAUGGAAGCCACAUAUAGAAGAGUGGCAGCUCUGUUCUAUUGGAAAAAGAUGAGAGAAGACAUUCAACAGCUACUACAACCUAAUAAGAUACCAGAAUCAGCAUGGAGCAGCAUAAGUAUGGAUUUUAUAGAGGGAUUGCCAAAAUCAAAGGAGAAGUCAGUCAUUUGGGUAGUAGUGGACAGACUAACUAAGUAUGCUCAUUUCUUAGGUCUGUCCCAUCCCUACACAGCCAGUUCUCUUGCACAAGUAUUCUUUGAUCAAAUCUAUAAGCUACAUGGUGUGCCUGAGGAUAUUAUCAGUGAUAGGGACCCAAUUUUUACAAGCAAAAUUUGGCAGGAGUUGUUUGCAAUGUUUGGGGUCACCCUCAAUGCUUCCACAGCUUACCAUCCUCAAAUGGAUGGCCAAACAGAGGUAGUCAAUAGGUGCCUAGAAACUUACCUCAAAUGUUUUUGUUCAGACUCACAGUCAGACUGGUUCCAAUACUUGGCUGCAGCUGAGCUAUGGUACAACACUGCCUUCCAUAGUGCCAUACAAUGUAGUCCUUAUGAGGCUUUGUAUGGACAACCUCCCCCUCUUCACUUACCCUACAUGGCUGGUGACUCUGCAGUAGAGGAAGUAGACAGGAGCUUGCUUACAAGAGAGUUCAAACUAUAA